GAGUGUGGUGCUGCUGAAUAGUAACGGGAGGAUUGAAGAGGCGAAUACUACGGCAGCUGAAUUAUCUUCCAUACCCCAACGCACUUCUUCAAAAGCAUGUGAAAGCUUUUUCUCUCUUUUUUUUUUUUUUUUUUAAGUGAGGCAUUUAAUUGUUUUUCAAUUUGUUCUCUGCUACUGUUCAAGGCAAUUGUCCCUCUCUUCUGCUGGGUGUCGUUUUUGAAGGGUGCGUGAAAAGGAAGGAGGUGAAGGAGGGAGUGGGGGCCACCUUGCAGACAAGCACAGUACAGCUUUUUGAGGGACACUUCCAGGCGACAGAAGAGAUUCAGGGCAGGGCUUAUGGGCUUUGACGUUAAAAGAAUGCAAGUGGAUUCACAGUACUGGAGUUUAUGCGGGGGAAAAACAACUGCAUCCUUUAUUCUUUAGCAGAAGUUCAGACUUUCUCAUACUGUAAGGAGAUAUUUUUUAUUAUUUACUUGUAGCUGUGCAGUCAAGAAGUACAUAAGCAUUGAACCUCACCUCGCUCCGACUUCUGAGAUUUGUGCAUGAAGAUGAUCCUCUAGAACUAUUUAAACCCAAUCGUCAAUAUGAAUCAUUAGUCUCUUUCCAAACCAUGGAGAACAUUUCCAACCCCGGUGUCUUUGCGCCGCCGCUGUGCGAUGACUCAGUUGACUUCUACACUCUGUCCUCGGGUAACCGCACCAAUCUGAACUGCACCCCUCCGUCCGAGUUUUACUUCUAUGCUGACCUCUACGUCAUCUUGCCCAUCAUCUACUCAGUCAUCUGCGCCGUCGGUCUGACUGGCAAUACAGCCGUCAUUUAUGUGAUCCUCAAAGCGCCUAAGAUGAAGACGGUCACCAACAUGUUCAUCCUCAACCUGGCCAUUGCUGAUGAUUUGUUCACGUUGGUUCUCCCCAUAAGCAUUGCCGAGCACCUGCUGCACUACUGGCCUUUCGGGGAGGUUUUGUGCAAAAUUAUCCUUAGCAUCGACCAUUACAAUAUAUUCUCCAGCAUUUACUUUCUGACUGUGAUGAGCGUGGACCGCUACCUGGUGGUCCUGGCCACUGUUAAGUCCAAGCGCAUGCCGUACCGCACCUACCGGGCAGCCAAGAUCAUUUCUCUGUGCGUUUGGGUUCUAGUCAUCCUCAUCGUAACGCCUUUUAGCAUUUUUGCCGGCGUCUACACCGAGGAUGACAGGAAGACCUGCGUGCUCAGCUUCCCAGCACCGGAGAGCUUGUGGUUCAAAGCUAGCCGCAUCUACACUCUUAUCCUGGGCUUUGCCAUCCCAGUGUCCACCAUUUGCAUCUUGUACACCAUGAUGUUAUACAAGCUGAGGAACAUGCGCCUCAAUAGCAACGCCAAAGCGCUUGACAAAGCCAAGAAGAAAGUCACCAUCAUGGUCUUCAUUGUCUUGGCUGUUUGUUUGUUCUGCUGGACACCGUUCCACCUCAGUACUAUUGUGGCACUGACCAACGACCUGAGGACCACACCCCUGCUCAUUGGGAUCUCCUACUUCAUCACCAGCCUCAGUUACGCCAACUCCUGCCUCAACCCAUUUCUCUAUGCCUUCCUAGAUGAUAGUUUUAGGAAGGCCUUCAAGAAAAUGCUGGAAUGUAGGCCUGCCUGAUGGGCAUUGCUCGGUCCACAGAGGAGAGUUAACCCUUCAUAGGGCACUGUUUUAACUCAGUGGCUGCAAUUCCAUUGGAACUGGGAGAGGCUGGCAGCAAAUAUUCACAUCUAGUGUCGUCAAUGUCAGUGAAAAAUGAAGAGCCACAGCCAGUUCUCUCAGUUUGAAUGAAAGGACGUUUAUACUUGUCAGUAGCACGCAAUUUGUUAAAUACUGUGAAAAGAAAAAAAAUGUUAUUGGGGGCCAUAAGCAAAAUGUAUUUCUGUUUUAAUUCAUUUUAGAUUAAUUCAUUUUCUUGUUAUUAAACUUGUAUGAAUUUAUAAAUGUAUUGAUUUAUUUAAAAAUAAAACAGUACAGGAAUGUUGGAUACUGAUGAUUACAAAAAAAAAAAAAAAAAAAAAAAAAAAAAGAAAGAAAUGAGAGCAUUUAAUUUAUUAAUGGUUUUAAAAACAAAACAGUUCAGCAAUGUUGAAUAAUGAUGAUUACAACAACAAAAGAAAUAAAUAAAUGAGACCUUGCAUCAACAUGUUUGGACAUCUCAUCUUGAGUGAUGUAGGCCAGACUUGUAAACCAAAUGAUAAUAUUGUCAUCUACAUGACCCAAAAUGUGAUGUUCAAGUAUGUGGAGGCCAGGUUCUUCCUUUCUUUCUUUAUUUAUUUAUUUUUAAUUACCAAAAAAGUCACUUGCCCUAUAAAGAGUUAAAUUGUGGACAUUUGUUCAAGCUAUAUAAAGAAAAUAAUAAAUACAAGAAUGAAUACAUCUUAACGAUCAGAAAUGAGUCAAGAACUGAUAUAAACAAAACUAUGAAAAUGUACAAUUGUGGACUGUUUUAAGAAUUUAUCCAGUCACAUGUACAAGAUAUGUACAUGUUCAUAAGUUUUAUUCACACUAGUAUGUAUAAUUGGAAAAAGUUUGAAAAACAGUUCAGAAUUUAACCAAUCACAGACUGCGAUGUCAAGAGUAAGUUGGUUCAAACUGCAGCAAUGUAUUCUAAUAAUUGAAAGUUCUAACCCAUUGUAGCUGAAUUUGGUCCCCAGCCUAGGGACACAUAUAGACAAAUUUCUAUAAAUGCAAAUAAGGCUUCGGGUGUUUUUUUGUUUUGUUUUGUUUUGUUUUGUUUUUUUCUCCAUGGUGGAAAAAGACAGAGAAAACACCGAAAACAUUGUCAUUAUUGUUGCAUUUAAUUUUUCCUUAAAGAAAAAUAUUGUUUGCUCUAUUUUCUUGUUGAAUAGAAGAUGUUUUAUCCCAAAUCAUUUGCACCUAGCAAAGUCAAUAUUAUUAUUAUUAUUUUCUAUCAAUAGCUAUAUGGUUAGAGGUCAUUGCGAUCUUUACUAUCACGUUUGUCUUGAUGCUGACUGUUAUUGACGUGAUGUGUUGCAUACAUAUGAAGUUUAACAUGUGUUUCUUUUGGCUUUGGACAGGAGGGCUAUGAUUGUGGUGAACGUUUGUGUUUGUAUGUGUUUGUGAUACUUUGUCGCCCUCUGGCAGGGAUAAAAGCUAUUUACAACCGUCAUAGGUACUUUUCCUUUCCUGUUGCCACAGUUUAGUUUUUCAUGAAUCAUGGUAAAAUUUCUUACAUACGAAAAAAAGGCAGUUAAUGCC